UACAGAGUCACUGAAAAGCCUGCGUCGUCUUCUUCAUCGUUUCGAUAGCUGCGCAGGCGCACUCGCUCGUCGCUCACGCAUAGCGCCCGAGGGAGAUGGGGAAUCCGAAGCAGAAAUGGACCCAAGAAGAAGAAGAAGCACUGCGCGCCGGCGUGGCGAAGCACGGCACCGGCAAGUGGAAGGACAUCCAGCGCGAUCCCGAGUUCAACAAGUUCCUCUUCUCUCGCUCCAACAUUGAUCUCAAGGAUAAAUGGCGGAAUAUGACUGGCGGUGCCAGUGGCCAAGGUCAAAGGGAUAAAUCACGGGCAAAAGCUAAAGCAAGCUCUGAUGCUCCUCCUACCUUGCCCAAUUUGCCAAAUGCUCCUAAUGUUCCCGUUUCAGAUGAAGCAACUGCAGAACCAGUUCCUGAUGGUGCUCCGAAAAUCGCAGACGAUGGAAAGAGUGCAGCCAGGUACAAUGCAAUGAUAUUUGAAGCACUUUCAACAUUGAAAGAGCCCAAUGGAUCAGACACCGGUGCAAUUUUCAGCUAUAUUGAGCGGAAACAUGAGGUCCCACAAAAAUUUAGGAGGCUGUUGAGUUCAAGAUUAAGAAGGCUGGUUGCACAGGACAAACUUGAGAAGGUUCAGAAUUGCUUCAAGAUAAAAGAGAUCACCUCUUUUGGGACAAAAACACCAGCUCCUAAGGAGCAAGAUGUCCGACCGAGGCAACUGCAGCCUGUUGUCAAUUCAAAUUUCGUGGAAACAGUAGAUGAGGCAGCUCUCGCUGCUGCAUACAAGAUCGCGGAAGCAGAGAACAAAUCCUUCGUGGCAGCUGAAGCAGUUAAGGAAGCAGAGAGAGUCUCAAAGAUGGCUGAAGAUGCGGAUGCAAUGCUUCGGUCUGCCUUAGGGAUAUUAGAAAAAUGUAAUGUCAAAGGUUCUAGGGACGAAAUGGUGCUCGUCACAUAAAAUGAUACGGAACUCGUCAAAUAAACCGAUGACUCAACCUUGUAUGUGUAGAUAUAUAGCUUGCUCUCAUUUUGACUUUGUUAAGAGGAAUCCAACCGGUGUUGUAACCAUAUACUCUCUUAAUAACAACAUUGCUGUUGUCACUC